GUUAAUGUUGGAGAGGAUUGUCCAGUUUUCGAUGGAUUAUUUGAAUUUUGUCAGUUAUCUAGUGGUGGAUCGCUUGGCUGAUAUUGCAAUUAAUUGGAUGGGUGGUCUACACCAUGCAAAGAAAUCCGAGGCUUCUGGUUUUUGCUAUACAAAUGAUAUUGUUUUGGGAAUUUUGGAGCUUUUGAAAUACCACAAGAGUUUUGUAUGCGUCGAAGAAGCUUUUUUCACUACAGAUCGAGUUAUGACUGUUUCUUUUCACAAAUAUGGAGAUUUCUUUCCUGGGACAGGAGAAUUAAAGGACGUUGGCGCCGGCAAAGGACGUUAUUAUGCUGUUAAUGUCCCUUUAAAGGAUGGAAUGACAGACCAAGCUUAUCAACAGAUUUACACUCCUGUUAUAAUGGAAGUAUUUCAACCUGGGGCUGUUGUACUUCAAUGCGGAGCUGAUUCUUUAAAUGGUGAUAGACUUGGGCCGUUUAAUUUAACUUUAAGAGGGCAUGGAAAAUGUGUGGAAUUUAUGCGGGAUUAUAAUGUACCUUUAAUGCUUCUUGGUGGUGGGGGAUAUACACCAAAAAAUGUCGCACGAUGUUGGACUUACGAAACCUCAUUAGCUGUAAAUAUAGACAUUCCUGAUGACUACAUAUUGAUGCAUCAAAUGUUCCAAAUGAUAAUACUCCAGAAUAUCUCCAGUCUGUUAUGUAAGCAAGAAGUAUUGGAAAGCCUUAGUAAACUACCUCCAGUUCCCAGUGUUCAAAUGCAAGCAAUUCCAAAUGAUUAUAUACAGUUUGAUGAAACAUUAGAAAUUGAUCAAGCAGAUCCCGAUAAACGUCUUACAAGAGCAAUUACAGACAGAAUGAUUGCCCAUCCAGGUGAUUUUUAUGAUGGAGAAAAUGAGGGGGAUGACCGAAGAAAUAGACAAGAUUGUAAACGAAGGCAACAACAAAACUCUUCUGAAGAAAUUAUAAUUGAAAAUGAUACACAAGAAAAUACAAAAAGAAUGAGAGUUGAAAGAGGGGAACAAAAACAGCGCCGGUGAAAGGAAAGAGAAAAUUAGAAAAAAAUUCUUUAAAGUAAAAUGCAGAAUCUCUUAACCUCAUAAUUUCUUUUUGUAAUUUCUAGAUUCAAUUAUUUUACUCCAAUAUUUUAAAGUUUUGAGAUUAUUAAAAUGUAGCUAGCAAUAAAUUGGACAAAACUUUUUUUAAAGGCUAAAAUUUUAAUUUGCUUUUAAGUGUCUUUGGUAAAAUAAUUAGAAAAUCAGCCCAGUUUUGUCCAAUUCUCUAUUAUAGAUUUUGCCUCUAUCAUUAUAUAACCCUCAGAAUUAAUACUUUUUGGCCUGGAUAAUCUUGAAGUUUUGCUUUUCUUAUUUUUUGGUUAAAUGUUCGAUGAAUUUUUACAAGGAAUAUAAAUAAAACAUCAAUGAUUGUCCAAAGCAAUAGUCUUAACCAGGGCU